UAAAAACAAGGAAAAAUCAAAAAUUAUUAAAUUAAUAAUUUUAAGAUAGAAAUAGACUAAAAAUGGGUACGAAUAUAUCACAGUUAGAAAGAGACAUUGGAUCUGAUUUCCCUGCAAAUGAACACUACUUUGGAUUAGUGAAUUUUGGUAACACCUGCUAUAGUAACUCUGUGUUACAGGCUCUGUACUUUUGUAAGCCUUUCCGUGACAAAGUUCUUGAGUACAAGUUGAAGAACAAAAGAAAUAAAGAAACUCUGUUAACAUGUCUAGCUGAUUUAUUUUAUUCAAUUGCGACACAAAAAAAGAAGGUCGGUUCAAUUGCACCGAAGAAAUUCAUAGCACGUCUAAGAAAGGAAAAAGAAGAGUUUGACAAUUAUAUGCAGCAAGACGCACACGAGUUCCUUAAUUUCCUUAUAAAUCAUAUAAAUGAAAUAAUUCUUGCGGAGAGAAAUCAGGGAAAAGUCAAAGCAUCCACAGCAGGUGUAUCAAUCACAGAAAAUGGAUCAACUUUAACAAACAAUAAUAAUUCACCCAAUACAGCAACGACUGAGCCAACAUGGGUACACGAAAUAUUCCAAGGUGUUCUCACCAGUGAAACUCGAUGCCUAAAUUGUGAAACGAUCAGUAGCAAGGAUGAAAACUUCUUCGAUCUACAAGUUGAUGUUGAUCAAAAUACGUCUAUUACGCACUGUCUAAGAUGCUUUAGCAACACAGAAACAUUGUGUAGUGAUAAUAAAUUUAAGUGUGAUAAUUGCUGCUCUUAUCAAGAGGCUCAAAAAAGAAUGCGUGUUAAAAAGUUGCCAAUGAUUCUUGCACUUCAUUUAAAAAGAUUUAAGUACAUGGAACAGUAUAAUCGUCAUAUUAAGGUGUCACAUCGUGUUGUCUUUCCUCUAGAACUUCGUUUAUUCAAUACUUCUGAUGAUGCUGUAAAUCCAGACAGAAUGUAUGAUUUAACGGCUGUUGUCAUUCAUUGCGGAUCAAAUACAAAUCGUGGUCAUUAUAUUAGCAUUGUAAAGAGUCAUGGUUUUUGGCUGCUGUUCGAUGAUGAUAUGGUGGAUAAAAUUGAUGCUAGUGCAAUUGAAGACUUUUAUGGCUUAACUUCAGAUAUUCAAAAAUCAUCUGAAACAGGAUACUUACUGUUUUAUCAGUCACGUGAUGCUGAGAAGUAAGCAAUACACUUUAAUGCGUUAAAUUUAAAAUUAAUACGAACAACACAGAAUAAUUGAAAACUAGUGAAGACUAAUGCUUCGAUAACAUAUGAAC